AUGUUUCAGGCUCUCAGAAAUUCCAACAGCUCUAAGUUCCAGGUCUCUGAGUUCAUCUUAAUGAGAUUCCCAGGCAUUCAUGAAUGGCAACACUGGCUACCCCUCCCCUUGGCUGUGCUCUACCUCUUAGCUCUUGGUGAUAAUAUCCUUAUCCUUAUCACCACCAACCAAGAGGCUACACUGAAUGAGCCUAGUUAUCGUUUUUUAGGCAUCCUGUCUGUGGUGGACAUGUACUUGGCUGCCAAUAUCAUGCCUAGAAUUUUGGCCAUCUUGUGGUUCAAUGCUAAGGUCAUCAGUCUCCCAGGAUGUUUUUCUCAGAUGUAUGUCAUACAUUGUUUUGUGAGCAUGGAGUCAGGGAUCUUUGUGUGCAUCGCUAUUGAUAGAUAUGUAGCCAUUUGCUAACCUCUACGAUAUCCAUCAAUAAUUAUGGAACCAUUUGUGGUUAAAACAACUGUAUUCGUGGUACUCAGAAAUAGCCUGUUAACCAUCCUAAUGCCAGGGUUGGCUUCUCAGAGACCCUUCUGCUCCCAGAAUCAAACUGAGCAUUGCCUGUGGUCUAACCUUGGGGUCAUUAACAUAUCCUGUGAUGACAGGAUAAUCAAUAGCAUCUACCAGCUAUUUCUGGCUUGGACACUCAGGGGAAGUGACCUCGGUAUGAUUAUUUUAUCAUGGCACAUAACAACAACAACAACAACAAAGUUGAACUCAGCAGAAGCUGCAUCUAACGCCCUGAACACCUGUACUUCCAAGCUCAUUCUGAUUCUUUUCUUCUACACAGUUGUUGUUGUCAUUUCUACCACUCAUAGGAACUCUGUCAAGGUGCCCCUGAUACCUGUACUUCUCAAUGUGCUACAUAAUAUCAUCCCACCAGCCCUUAAUCCCAUGGUGUAUGCAUUCAGGACUCAGGAUCUCAGGGUCAGUUUCUCAAAGAUUCUAAGAUGCAGUAGAAAGAGCAAAUGA